GAGAGUAAUGUUUUUAAUUUUGUUCUUCAGAACUUUCGAGAAUCAUUCCGUAACACUGUCCGGAUGUGUGUCAUGAGGGGGUCGUCUCGUGACAUGGCCCGACACAAAGCCUUGUGGAGAUGUUCAUUCCAGGCACACGCGGCCUUCCAGGUCAAUAACAGGUUAGCAAAA